AUGCGGAAGGAGAAGGCAGCGGCAGCCCGGGUGGCCUCGGAGGGCAUAACUAGCCGGGACCAAAUGGAAAUGAUGGAGGCCAACAUUGCCCGCAUGGUCGGGAAUUUGGUAGACGCGCGGUUGGCCGCACUCGAGUCCUGGCUCAAGCGAGAAGAGGUCGCCCGCCUUCCCCUGGCGGGUGAUAAUUCGGUCGUCGCCGUAGAGGCUAGGAGGGCAAUCAAACAGGUGGCCCUGCAAAGAGGGCCCAAGGUGUGGGCCCCUUCACAGGCGACUUCGGCGCCGGUGGUGGUCUCCGAUGAGGAGUUCCCUUCCCUCCCUGCGCCUUCCAAGGGGAAAGGCCAAAGGUCUAAGGGGGGGAAGGAGAUGGUGUGGACCGCGUUUGGUCCAUCCACAUCGGCUGGAGGGACCGAAAGGGGCAACGUGGGGAACGGGGCCAAAGCGGCCGCGUGGACGGAAGUGGUCCGCCGCAAGACCCCUAAAAAGAAGGAAGUGGUGCCGGGGCCUAAGACGCCGGCGCCACAACCGAAGAAGAAGGCGGGCCCUAAGGAGGGCCCCAAAAAAGUGGCGCUCACAGGCCGGCUGUGCAAGAUUAUCCUAGACAGACUCUCGAGGGCCAUUGAACCUCUUCUUCGCAGAGAACAGGCUGGAUUCCGACCCAACAGAUCGUGCACCGACCAGAUUAUUACCUUACGCAUAAUCGUCGAGCAAGCAUCAGAAUGUCAGAGGGAAAUGUAUUUGACCUUUAUGGAUUUCGAAACGCUGAUAUGGACAUGUAUCUGGAAGCGUUCACGUAAAGUUGGUGUCCCCGCCAAAAUAAUCAACCUGAUAAAAACCCUCUACAAGAAAUAUUCCUGCAGAGUAACUCACAACGGCCUUUUGUCGGAGGACAUGGACGUACCAGUCAAUGCAGGUGUUAGCCAGGGGUGUCUCCUUUCUCCUAUUCUCUUCCUUGUCGUUCUGGAUGGUAUCAUGCAGAAAGUCAAAAAAAGCAAGCGCUGCGGCAUAGAAUGCCAUACACACCGUGACAUGCAAGCCAAACUGGACGACCUACGACGAGAAGCAAUAGAGAUGGGGCUAAAAAUAAACACGCGAAAGACCCAGGAGAUGAGGUGCGGAGCAAUUACCUCUCUACCGUUGCUCAUUGGCACAGAAGCUGUAGAAAAAGUCCACAACAACACCUACCUAGGGAGCAUAGUGUCGGAGAGUGGAGGUACCGAAGAGGACAUCGCUUCGAGAAUCGCCAAAUCAAGAGCAGCCUUCGCGCAACUCCGUCCUGUAUGGCAGUCACGGAAACCGACCAGGAGAGUUAAACUCAAAAUAUUCCGGCCCAACGUCAAAUCCGUGCUGUUAUACGGAUGCGGCUUGCAGGAGUCCGGAGGCAUCCACAGUCCGGAGUUCGGAGGCGGAGGCUGA